GUUGGACGAGUUAGGGUGUUGCUGCUGCUCCGAGGCCCUGGCCAAUGGAACCCGAUCCACCCCGCUGUGCGUAAGCGCGCAAUUAAGGAUUUAACCAAGGCUGUGCUGCGCCUCAGCCAGCAGUCAGCCUGCCGGAGACAGAGCCUCCAGGACUCCCAGCCUCCUCCUCGCCGCCGCCGCCGCCGCCUCCUCCUUUUCUCCUCCUCCUCCUCCUCUUCCUCCUCCUCCCUCGCUCCCACAGCCAUGUCUGCUUAGACUAGAGCAGCCUCACAGCCAACUCAGGCAGCAGCCGCCGCCGCCACAGCAGCAAGGACAGCCGCCGCCGCCGCCGCCCGGGAGCAAUGACAGGAGUGUUUGACAGAAGGGUCCCCAGCAUCCGAUCCGGCGACUUCCAAGCUCCAUUUCAGACGUCCGCAGCCAUGCAUCAUCCGUCUCAGGAAUCGCCAACUUUGCCCGAGUCCUCGGCCACUGAUUCCGACUACUACAGCCCCACUGGGGGAGCCCCGCACGGCUACUGCUCUCCUACCUCGGCUUCCUAUGGCAAAGCGCUCAACCCCUACCAGUACCAGUACCACGGCGUGAACAGUUCCGCCGGCAGCUACCCCGCCAAAGCUUACGCUGACUACAGCUACACCAGCCCCUACCACCAGUACGGUGGCGGCGCCUACAAUCGCGUCCCGAGCGCCACCAGCCAGCCAGAGAAAGAAGUGGCCGAGCCCGAGGUGAGAAUGGUGAAUGGCAAACCAAAGAAAGUUCGUAAACCCAGGACUAUUUAUUCCAGCUUUCAGCUGGCCGCGUUACAGAGAAGGUUUCAGAAGACUCAGUACCUCGCCCUGCCGGAACGCGCGGAGCUGGCUGCCUCACUGGGACUGACGCAAACACAGGUGAAAAUCUGGUUUCAGAACAAAAGAUCCAAGAUCAAGAAGAUCAUGAAAAACGGGGAGAUGCCCCCGGAGCACAGCCCCAGCUCCAGCGAUCCCAUGGCAUGUAACUCGCCGCAGUCUCCAGCGGUGUGGGAGCCCCAGGGCUCGUCCCGCUCACUCAGCCACCACCCUCAUGCCCACCCUCCGACCUCCAACCAGUCCCCCGCAUCCAGCUACUUGGAGAACUCGGCUUCCUGGUACCCGAGCGCAGCAAGCUCAAUCAAUUCCCACCUGCCGCCGCCGGGCUCCUUACAGCACCCGCUGGCGCUGGCCUCCGGGACACUCUAUUAGACGGGCCGCUUUGUCUUGCUCUCUUUUUUGGGACUACUGUGUUUUGCCGUUUUAGAAAAUCAUAAACAAAGGAAUUUAUAUGGGGAAGUUUGGAAAACAGAAACACAAAAGAUUGAUGUGUAAAGCUUUUUUUGCAUGUAAGUUAUUGCAUUUCAAAGGACCCUCGUCCCCCCCCCACCCCCGUUUUUUUUUACAGACGAACUUUUUUGCGCAACUGUGGACACUAUCAAUGGUGCCUUGAAAUCUAUGACCUCAACUUUUCAAAAGACUUUUUUCAAUGUUGUUUUAACCAUGUAAAUAAGUGUAGAUAGAGGAAUUAAACUGUAUAUUCUGGAUAAAUAAAAUUAUUUCAACC